AUGCUGUGGUUGCUUUUGUUGUUGUUGAUUGCUGCCCUCAGAGCGGAAGACGUCGAGUUCUUUCCAUUGACUCGAGAUUUCGUCAAAAUGCUAGACGAUAUCGAUCGCUACAAUCGCUACGCCACGCCAACACAGUACGAGGGCACGGCGACGAAUGUUAGUAUGUCAAUGUAUAUCGAAGGUAUUUCGAGUUUCUCGGCUCAAACCAUGGAUUAUCAUCUGGAUAUGUACUUUUAUCAGGUGGGCAUGGCAGUUUUUUACAUUUUUAGAAAUUUUUUUAAUUUUAUUUUAAAAUUUUCAUGCUCUACCUUAUCCUUCCUUACUCUACUCUUGUCCUGCUUUUACCCUACUCUUGCACUACCCUUUUCCAAUCCGUGCUCUAUUCUUGCUUUACCCUUGCUUUAGCCUUAUUUCUUGUUAGUUUUGCUCUGCCCACCAUGCUUUAUCCUUGCAAAAUAAUUUUUUUUAAUUUAAAAUUUGAAAAAUUAUAGGAAUGGGACGACCCACGACUGGCACACAAUGAAAGUGGACCAAUGUUAAUACGAGACAAGAAUAUCUUCAAGAAAAUGUGGCAUCCUGAUGCGUAUUUUGCUAAUGGUGAGUUUUAUAAUUAUUGUUCGAACCUUUCCACCCCUACUGUCCGGCUGGUUUAUUCUCAAAAAUUUUUUUUAAAUUUUUUAGACGAAUAUUACCUAAAACUCCAAUUUUUGGCCUUUUUACCCAGAGUUUGCUUAGUUUUGAUUAGUUUUGUUUAUAAAAGUCAACUAACGUGUCAUAGGCCUCAUGGAUAAUAUAAUUUUUUGAAAUCUCUGAUUUCUUAGGAAGCUACCUCUCUAAAUAGGUAUAAAAAUGAAUUUGUACUGCACAUUCUCAACGUAUUUUUCGAUUUUCAAUAAAAUUUAAAUAACUUUUCAGCUAGAUACGCGAGUUUUCAUUCCAUAACAGAGGACAACUUUUUGGUAUGGGUUUAUCCGGACGGUCAUGUUUGGUACGACUGUCGUAUUUCACUUAUCGCUAUUUGUAUGAUGGACUUAUGGUGAGUUAUUCUAUUCAUUUUUAUCUUGUUCAGUCGGUUUUCUAUUUAAAAUUUUAAAAAAAAGUUGAAAAAUCACUAAAAAAGCUGAUAUAUUGUAGUAUAUCAUAAUAUAUUGUAGGAAAUACCCACUGGAUGAGCAGCAAUGUAACCUCAGGAUAUUGUCAUGUAAGUCUAUUUUGAAAGAACUUUGUUUUAUGGCUUACCUAGCCCUAGCCCAGAUCCCUAGCACGGAGCCCAGAGCCCUAGCCCAGAGCCCUAGCUCAGAGCUCUAGCCCAGAGGCCUAGCCCUUUCAAUACAAUCCCUUAUCUUCAUCAUACCCCAUUCCAGAUGCCUAUCCAGAAUCCCAAGUCCGUCUACUUUGGUCAACUUCAAUCGACCCUCCAAUCGACCGAGCUGCCGGUAUCAGAAUGCCAGAUAUGAGGUUGGUUGAUAUUAAAACGGGUACAUGUGAUGGCACAUACGCUACAGGAAAGUGGAGUUGUAUGACAGCAGUAUUCUACGUGGAAAGAGAGAUGAUGCAUCACAUUAUACAAACAUAUGUACCUACGGCAUUGAUUGUAGUGAUAUCAUGGUUCAACUUCUGGCUUGAUAUUGACUCAGCUCCUGCUAGGGUGUCGUUGAGCAUUACUACAGUAAGUUUUGGGAAGAUUGAGGUUUGUAGAGUUGUGGUUUAGAAAUUUCAAAAUUUUGAAUUACUACUUUAAUAACAAAGUAUAUUUGGCAUUCUGUGUUUCAGCUGCUCACAAUAGCCACACAAGCCAAUGCUGUCAAGUUGGCAUUGCCAGAAGUGUCUUAUAUGAAGGUAAGAUUUGAAAAAUAAGCCCUACCUUACUCUACACUGCCAUAAUAUACCCCAUUCUACCCUACCCUAACUUAACGUACUCUUUUGUACUUUAUCCUACCCUAACUUACCAUACCCUACAUUACUUUAACUUAUCCUACGUUAAAAAAAUCAUUUCCAGGCCAUCGACUUCUGGCUAGGCAUGUGUAUGACGUUCGUGUUCGGUGUUAUGAUCGAAUUCACAAUAUGUCACUUUGCCAAGAACCAAGAGCUAAGUAUUGGCAAUGCAAACGCCCCCAAUCUUAUAGUAGAUUCAACGAUGUCAACCCUAUUUGACACCUCUUCCAACCUAAACGACUCAAUCAGACGAGUCAAGGAGAACAACGCUGAAGCCAGGGAUCGCUUCUUCCGAAACAUGAAUCCACCCACCGUGCCAGCGCGGAACGGCCGGACGUUGAGGCCGGACGAACAAGAUAUACACACGAUACAGCCUAUGCCAAUGGACAUGGAGCCAAUGCUAAAACAACUGAAUUCGUAUGGACAUCAGAAUGGAGACGCGAGGCUGAAUGGGCUACACGAUCAAGUGUAUCCUGGGAUGAACUCGCUGGAUACACUACAGUUGACAGAAGAGAAACAUAGUAUGAAGCCGGCUAUGAGCAGGUUGGGGAAUCAGGUAAAUUGACCUUUUAUUGACCUUUUUGGCAAAUUUUAAAAUUUUUGCUUUUGGCUUAGGAUUUGUAGGCUUUGACGCCAACCUUUUUAAGGAUUAGGCUUCAUAGGCUAAGACCUGAAAGAUCAGGGCUUCUAAAGCCAAUGCUUAGUUGAAGAAUAGGCUAAAUAAGCUUAAAUUGAGUGAACUUAGGCUAGUUAAAACUUAGUUUUUUAAGAUAUAAGCCGUGCUUUAAACUUAAGCUUUUAGAUCUCUUAAGUGCGUUAGAAUACUUUAAAAUUGACCUUUUCUGUUGUUAGAACACCUUAGAAUUGACCUUGUUUUUUGCUAGAACACCUUAAACUCGACCUUUUCUCACCCAAAAUUUACAGCUCAAAAACAAGGAAAUAAAACUCCGGCCUUUUCGUAGCACCAGCCGGAUACUGUACUUGACACGUUUGUUUCAAAAUGCAAUAAAAUUAAAUUCCAAUUAGCGCCUAAUUAAAGUGCGAAGAAGCGGCUUGAUCUGACAGUUCAACUACUUUUUAAUCACUUUUUUUUAUUUUGAAUCACUUUUUUCACUUUCAAUGGCCUUUUUUCAUCUUCAUUGGCCUUUUUUCACUUUUUCAUUUACGUCAAAAGCAAAUUCAACCAGACAGGUGAUUUUAAUCACUUUUUGCAAUUCGAAAAUCCGUUUUUUAUCGCCUGAGGGCGUUCGACAAACAAACAUACACGUUUGAGAAAUUAAGGACAUAAGUCAAGUUGAGAAAUGUCACAAAAGAGGAAGUUUCGAAAAAUUACUGAUAAGAAAGUGUUAUUAAUGAGGCGUCUGAAAGAAUUGCGAUCAACACAAAGCUUAUUUAUAGUAUUGGCAGUGCAAAAUAGUAAAUAUUAAAGCGGCACAAAAGUUUUGUCGUUAAUUUAUAUUAGCUUGAAUAGUAAAAAAAGACAAGACUUUUUUAAGCCUUUUUAAUUGCAAAAAUCCUAUGUUUUUUGGUCCAAAACUACAUAGAAAGAUAAAAAUGAAACCCAGUUUUGCCUAAAUUUAAAAAAGCAAGCUAAACCAUCCAAUUCUAGGUCAAAACCCGCGCCCUAAACUGGAAAAGUGCACUGUGCAACCUGCGCGGCCGCCGAGUGGCCAACAAGAUUGAUGAGAACUGUCGAUACGCGUUCCCAUUAGUCUUCAUCAUCUUCAAUAUCUUUUAUUGGAGCUUUUACUUGGUUAUCAAUUAA